UUUUUUUUUGCAAAAACAAAACUACUCCCGUUAAAUCAGGCAACCAAUACUUUGUUUAGUUUUGUUAUUAUUGGUUUGUGUCUUGUGUGUUGCAGGAAAAUUAAAAUAAAUGGAUAAGCUGACAACAAUUAGUGCAACAUUAUUUAUGGCUGCAGAUGUUUUUGCAAUCGUAAGUCUAGCCAUGCCCGAUUGGAUUGUUACAGAAGAAGCUGGUGACAUCCGCCUAGGGCUAAUGUGGACUUGCAUGACUUUGUAUAAUAGGCCGCAAGUAUGUUUCACUCCUGAGCUGCAAAUUGAAUGGCUGUUGGCAUUAAUUUGCAUAUUUGUUGGAUGCAUUUGUGUCACCACCACAGUAAUUCUUUUGGCAUCGAGUACCUGGGACCGCAAUGUUAUUCCUUAUGCCAGAUGGGUAGGAUUCACAGCGAUGGUAUUGUUCUGCCUUGCUGCAGUGAUUUUUCCACUUGGUUUUCAUGUGGAUGAAAUCGGUGGGCAAGCAUAUCAACUUCCGAAUACUUACAAGAUCGGAAUCUCGUACAUCAUGUUCGUGUUGGCGCUCUGGAUAACAGUUGUGUCAGAGCUAUUUGCAGGAAAAGUGUGUUUGCCACAUUUUUAAUAUUAGGAACAUGAGCGAUUUCCCUGUGGACCAUGGAUUGGACAUUUACUUUAGUUCAAAGAUGAUUAAUAGCCCUAUUCCAUUGGAGGUGGUAGUUUACUCGUGAGUAGAAAUCUAGUACAAAAACUACACAUUCUAUCUCCUCGAGUAGAAGAUCAUGUGUUAAUUCUAGUACUAGAUCUACUCAUGAGUAAAGUACCACCUUCAAUGGAACGGGGCUAAUGUAUCGAUUCAGAACAGAAGCUGUUCCAUAAUUAUUUUUUUUAUUGAAAUUUGAAAAAUAAAUAAAUGUGCCGUGCGAGACGAUGGCCCGCA